AUGGCACAUUUGCGGCAACCGAGCACUGCUAUACAUGUCGAUAGGGCGGCGCUCAACGAUGUCUUGAUAGCGCUAGGGUGCUCCUCCCUCGAGCAGGAACUCAAACGCGUCAUGGAGGAAAUCGACAUCGACAAAGAUGGCUUCAUCAACCUCUCCGAAUUCCUCAUCCUCUGCCGAUUGAGAUUUGACAAUUCCAACGCCGAGAACAAGAAGCUAACCGAGGUGCUAACGGUUGUCUGCGAGCACUACACGAUUUUACAAAAACAAUACAAGGAACUGGUGAGUAAGAACAUUGAAACUGAAUCUUCAAAGAAGAAGAAAGCCGAGUGUGAAGAUUACGGUACCACCAUGAUUGGUUUCACUGCCAAUGCCGAGAGCAGCGGUAGUGAUGAAAACUCAUUCAAGAAAACCAAGAGCAGCAUAUCCGAAAGACCAUGA